AUGGUGCAAACUGAGUGCACGGAUCUUGAAAUUACAAGGCCCGUGUUGUAUAUCCUAGGCCCAUUCUUGUCUCUGGAACCUAAGGCCCAAAUAAAUUGGCACAGCGCGAAACGGGUCAGAGUCGGGUCUCCGGCUGGUUCCAUGGAAGAGGACGACGGGAGGAGAGAAGCUGCUAUAGCAUCAGCACCAUCUCUGCAGCCCAAUUUCACCACCAAAAAUGGUGUCAACCCUGCUCAAAUUUCCAAAUUUCAAGAGUUGCACCGAAGACGCUUAAAAACAAAAACAAAAUCUAAGGUUAAGGAUAAAUCAAAAGGAACUCUUGUGGAGUCUGAAAUGUAUAAUGGUAAAGAUGUCAAUGCCAAAUGCAAGGAGAUCAUAGAUGAAAAAUUAAUUAAAACAGCUAAAGAUCCGAGAAUUACUUUGUCAAUAGGCAGUACGACGGACCUUUCAUCCUCUCAAGAAGACAACACACUGUCAAAAAAGCGGCAGAAGUUGCAUUGGGGGCUCGACACCAAGGAGAGAUGGGAAAGGAAAUCCAAUAUGUAGAGAUAUCAGCCUCUUGAGUAUGAAUUGCUGCUAUCAUGCCAGACAGCUCCAAGGAAGGCCAGCGUAUUUGAUCUAGAUGUCAUCAUAAUUGAUCUAUUAUGAAUUAAGAUGAUGUCUGACUAUAUCAUCUAAGCUUGUAAACCCAAGGUUAAGAGUGUGAAGAUGUACACUGAUCCCUAGGUUUAUGGGGCGAUAGGAACUAAGCCUCGGCUCAGGCGUAGAUCAACCAAUAACUGAUAAAUAACUUUGAUUCUUAUGGCCCUUUCACUUGUAAAUGCACAUGUUUCAUUUGUUAAGCAGUACUAAUAUUUUUCUUGCAAAUAAAUAAAUAGAUCAUGUAGUUUGGAAAUUCCAGCAA